UAGCAAACUAGUAUUAUCUGAUGGUCUGGUGCUUAGCUGGUGAUGUGGCCAGGUUGACCCCCUUCCUCCCCAACCCUACGCCCACGUCUACCGCCCACCACCGGAAGUUUGGAAUACCUUGCGUUACAUGAUAGCCACUCUGAGAAAGCAGCAGUGGCUGUUUCUGGAAUGUUCUAGGUGGCAGAUUGCCAGUGUCAGUACCACCCAUUAAAUUGAAUUUUUUAUUUCUUGUUCGCACAUUCUUCCUUUAUAUGCUCACUUAUGUAUUUACUUUCCCUACAGCGUGUUUAUAUGAGAAUAAAUUCUUAUUAAAAACUCUUAGUGAAUGACGCAUGAGUAAGUAUAGAAAAACUUCAAAUAAUUAAAGUGUAGUUAGUGUACAUAUCUGUGAGAAACACUGUAGAUAGCAGGUUGAGAGUGUAGCUUGUGUGUAGAGCUACCUCAGUAGUACCGUGCAAACUAUGCUGUGGCCUGGUCUACCUACUUUACCGUGACGUGUUAGUGGUCAGGUGUUCGCUAGAAGAGCGAGUGGCCGUGACCACCAGUCGUGGUGUUAGUGGCCGGGCCAUGCAGGACUCACGUCAUGCCACGCAGGAAGACACUGCUGCCAUGACGGGUGCAGCCGCUACGCUAACCAUGGAGCCGGAGACCCAGGCACAAGCACAACUGCAGUCCAAGAGCGAGCUCUCACCCACACCCGUAGUGACCCAACCCUCUCCAACACAAGUUUCUGAGGAAACCUCAGUCUCUAGUGAUGUAUGCAGUAUUCACAUCAAGAUGGCUACUUCGCUUCCACCUCCGCCGGCGGAAGGUGAGACUACAGGUGAGAGACAACCCCCUCACCCACCGCAACCUCUUCGGCUUGACCUGCCCAGUGAUCCAUGCAGUCAUGUGAAAAUGGCACUCACCUCCCCGCCACCUUCGCCAGCACCACAAGCGGAAGGUGAGACUACAGUUGAGCCACAACCCCUACAUCCAUUACCUCUUCAGCUUGACCUGCCUCUACAUCACACUCGAACAAAUGGAAUAGAAAAAGUCUCUCCUAAGGAAGCAAAUGAUAAAUCCACACCGGUGACACAACCCCAGCCAGUAAGUGACCAGGAACCGGCGACACAGCCCCAGCCAGAAAGUGGCCAGGAUCUGCCUGGUAGCUCUCCUAUUGCAGGCCCUCAACCAAGCCCGUCCUUGAGUCCUGCGAAACAGUCACCUCAAGACGCACCCCCUAGGCCACCAUCACACCAAAAUCCCAGACGCGCACCUCACAACCCUUUACCUCGACCACCAGGUCAUGGCCCACAACAGAUGCGACACCCACCUCCUCAGGGCUCACUGAUGGGGCGACCUGUGUUCCAUGGCACUUCUCUGGGGCAACCAAUGCACCAGAUCCCACCUAUGAUCCCUCCACCACGUCACUUUCCAAGAGUGGGGCAUGUACCAUCCUUUCCAAGUCACAUGGUAGUGAUGCCACCCCAACAAGUUUCUUCAGUGCCACAGCAAUUUCCUCAGAGACCUCUUGGUCCUCGGCCAGGACCAUCGCGGUACCAGGGCGCACACGAAGCACAACCUUCUCAAGAGAAAAGUGAAGCUAGUUCCCAGCGUUUCCAGCACGAAGCUGCAUCUGGUGAAGACCCAGGUUAUAAGGAAGAAGAGACGGCAUAUCAGGAAGGCGCAGCUUACCAGGGUGAGGAAGCCUCAGCUUAUAUGGGGCAGGUGCGUCCUACACGACGCCAACCUGGCACACUACGCAUUUCCAAGUGGGUUAACCCAAUCCCUCCUGAUCCUGAUGAUGGUAAGUAACUCUACACUUAUUGUUUUGUUUUCCCGAAGUAGCUCUUUCCCAGAAAUUCCCUUCUAUCUCUUUCUGUACGCUCAUUGAUGUAAUGUUGGGGUGGAUUCUCUGCUCCUGACCCAGCGUCUUGAAUUACUUUUGAUUAGCCUUACUGAUUAUUGGCCUAUUAUUGAAACAGGAAAUCGAAUUUGUUAAUUCCCAUUCAUCUCAUUCCAAUUUUCUAUCACUUCAAGAAUAAAAAAGUACUUUCUAGCAUCCCUAAGAAUCAUGUGUGUUUUGAGCUUCCACCCGUCCUUCAGUCCCUAGCCCUUACAGCUCAAAUAGUCUUUCAUUGUCUUCAUGAACAAGUCAUCUUAAAUUAUAGGCGUUGUUAUCAUGCUUUCCCUAGUCGUCGUCCUUUGCCAAGGUCGUCAGGUUCAGUUCCUUCAACUUCGCCUUAGAGUGCAUUCCUCUCGGUUCCGGGACAGAUAUAUUUGCAAAAUUCAACCUUUUAAGAGUUUCUGCUCAUGUUUGCCCAGGUGGGGACUCUACACUGUAACUAUGUACUUGAUAAUUGGCCUAGCAUGUAUUGUAUAUAAAAAUCCUAAAGGACUCCUCAGGUUCCUAAGUGUUUUGAGGUUUGCUGGUGCUUCAUAUGCCGCUGAUGUGCGUCUCCGGCGAGGUUUGUGAUGUUAAUCUCCAGAUACUUUUAAUGGUAUGUGCAGAUUUUUACCUGGGUUGGACUCUGUUGUUGAUCUUCUGUCCAAUCCACGUAAAAUUACAUUUGUUUGACAAUUAUCAGGAUUUUUUUU